AUGGCCGCGGUGUGCUGUGCUGGAGACUGGUUGGUGUUCACCAGCUCUCACAAUCUAAUAGCGGUGGAUAUUAAACACAGCAGGGAACCAUUUGUGUUCGACUGCAGCAAAGCCGAGCAGAAACCAAAAGAAACCGAAAGUGAGAAUAAAAGUGAUGGUGGGGAGUCUCAGCAGGAGGGGAGCGACCAGAUCCUCGCCUUUGCCUCGUCUGCGUCAGGAAACUACGCCGCAUUAACCGAUGACAACAAACGUCUCGUUCUCUUUCGCACGCAGCCGUCAUUGGAGUGCAUCAGCACAAGGUGGGUGGUGCGCAGAUGCACCUCCCUGGUGUUCAGUCAGGCCGAGGACGAGCUGUUUGGGGCUGAUAAGUCCGGCGACGUGUAUUCGUUCUCCGUUCUGGAGCCACAGAAACAGGGCGAGUUAAAGCUCGGACAUCUGUCUAUGCUACUCGGCAUCUCUCUUUCUCCAGAUGAUAAGUACAUCAUCACGGCAGACAGAGACGAGAAGAUCAGAGUGAGCCAUCGCACGUCCCCGUACAACAUCCAGGCCUUCUGUCUUGGUCACACAGAGUUUGUAAGUGCACUGUGUACUCCUGCUGGUCAUACAGAGUGGCUCUUGUCGGGCUCAGGGGACGGAACAAUGAAAGUUUGGCAGUACGAGACCGGCCGACGGUUACAGAGUUUCGACCUGCAGCAGUUUGGGUUCUCAGAAGACUCGAAUACAGAAACUGAAGAGGCACAGAGAUUUGCUAUAAGUCGGAUCAUCGGUUCUCCUGAUGGAAGUCACGUUGCCGUGCAGUGUGAAAGUUUUCCUGCCGUUCAGCUGUUUGCGACGGACGGCGAGCGCUUGACCCCCACUGAAAAGCUCGUCCUGCCACAUAAACCCUGUGGUGUGACCUUCGACUCUCGGAGCGGACUUUGGGUCUUACUGGAGAACGAGGACGCUAACGUGCUCCUGUACACGCAUUCGGAUGGACGCUGGCAGAGAGAAUCAGAGAGUGCUGAUCUGCAGAGGGUAUCAGAAACGCUCCACACCCGCCGGGAACUCUUGAAAGACUCGGCGGCGACGGAGAGCCGUUUUCAUCACCUGUACAAGGUGAACUUCGACAACAUGGCGUCGUAUUUACAGAAGAAACACGAGAGACUCCAGCAACAGAACCAGAAGGGGGUCAGAAAGAGGGCGGAAGGAGGGGGACCACAAUCCAACGGGGCAACAAAGAAGAGCAAGAGCGGUGUUGAAGCGGAGGCUGAGCCCCAGAACUGCGACACGGAGAGCUAGAACCUGAGAUUCUGCAUCGAACGGACUGAUAAAUAUUAUAGUGAUCGACCGGUGUGGGUGUGGGUGUG